AUGAAGGUACGAAACCUUCUAGGCGCUUAUGCUUUUAAACGUGAUAUGCUAUUUAGCGCAAGGAUACCUGAAAAGGUGGAAAAGGGUAAGUAUCCCAGUGCAUAUGUUUUUCCACCUAAAAAAGGUAUCGAGACGAAAAGGCCGGUAACGGGUUUGGAUUUUGCAUCUUUAUAUCCAAGCCUUAUUAUGGCCUAUAACCUCUCUCCAGAAAAAUUUAUAUUUAAUCCAGAGGAGGCUGUCAUUAUAAAAAAGAAUGGGAAUGGUUUACACGAGAUUAGCUUUCCAUUCAAUAAGCGCACUAUUCAAGCUUGGUGCUUAAGACAUGAUAAUCGAUCUGAGAAGAAAGGUUUAUACCCGGCCGUAUUAGAGGAAUUAUCUGCGAUGAGACAAGAACUUAAAGCGCAACUUGCCUCAUUAGGAAAGAAGAAGGAUCAACUUGGAAAGAUAAUAAGUUCGGUGAAAGAAAAGGGUAAAAGAAUUCCUGAGAAGUUAGAUUUAGAAUAUAAAUCUCUUUGCUUCGAAUAUGACUGCUUGAAUUCAAAGCAGAAAGCUGUCAAGCUAUUUAUGAAUACCUUUUAUGGAGAGGCUGGAAACCCAUUAUCUUCAAUCUUUCUCCGUGCAUUGGCCGGAGGAACCACUUCCGCUGGUAAAUACAAUAUCAAAUUUGUUGCAGAAUAUGUGGAAAAGAAAUGCUUUGGAAUCAAAUAUGGGGAUACUGAUUCUUUGUAUCUUACCUGUCCAGAUAAGUAUUUUGAAAAAUGCGAUGAAGCCUUCUCUAGAAAAGAACUAUCCAAAGAAGCGUAUUGUACCGAAAUGGUCAAAAUUACUAUUGAUGUUAUUAAAAAGUUGCGCGAUCAGAUUAAUGCUUAUCUUAGGAUAAAAAGUGGGACCUCUUAUCUAAAGAUGGCUUACGAAGAGGUAUUAUUUCCUGUCUGCUUUACUGGCAAAAAGAAGUACUUUGGAGUCGGACAUGAAGAUAUAGUAAACUUUAAGCUGAAAAACCUUUUCAUGAAAGGGAUAGAAACUGUAAAGCAAGGUAAAUCCCAGCUUCUCAAAUUCAUCAGAGAGAAAAUUAUGAGAGAGGCUAUGGAUAUUAAUAAUACACGCUCAAUUCACGAUAUUGUUGAAGAUACUCUUAGAGAAGCCCGGAACAAGGAAUGGGAUUUCAAUGAUUUUAUUGUAAUGGGUACAUGGAAGCCUAAGAAAAAAAAUCUCUGCAACAAUCGCUUUAUGGAACGUAUGAGGGAGAAAAAUGAGAGGAUUCCCGAUCCUGGCGAACGCUUUAGCUAUGUCGUUGUGAAGGGUCCCCGUCUUCGCAAUGAGAAAGGCCGGUUAAUACCAUAUAGAGUUGGGGAUUAUAUGGAGUAUGCGGGUAUAGCAAAAGAGAAAAACAUGGAAAUAGAUAUCAAUUAUUAUUUAGACACUACGGUUGGAAUGUGCGCACGCUUUAUCAAUGAGGAUGAUAGAUACCAACCACCACCUUCACAUAAAAUUAUGCAACUUAAAUAUUCGGAUGAAAAGGAAAAGCAGACCAACAAAUAUUCCCAGGAUGAGGCAACAAAAUGGCUUAAAAAAUAUAUAAAAGGCUUACAAUGA